AUGGAGAGGUACUUCGAAGGCCAAGGGGUGGUCGAAGAAGCAAUAAAGGUACGCAUUGCAGCUCUCUACCUUUCUGAUAAUGCUACUUUGUGGUGGAGGAGAAAGUCCGUAGAUAUGGAAAAGGGUACUUACAACAUAGCCACAUGGGAAGAUUUCAAAAGGGAGUUGAAAAGACAAUUCUUCCCUGAGAAUGUGGUUUAUGAAGCAAGGAAGAAGUUGAGGGAGUUGAAGCACAAGAAUGGAACUCUCUGCAUGGAUCAAGGAAAAGUGAAGGCUAUCAAAGAGUGGGAACCUCCAAACAAGGUAUCUGAAUUGAGGUCAUUCCUUGGGUUGGCUAAUUACUAUCAGAGAUUUAUCAAGGGAUACUCCACCAAGGCUGCACCAUUAACUGAUCUUCUCAAGAAGAACCACUCUUGGGAAUGGUCAAAGGAGUGUCAAAAGGCUUUUGAUGAGUUGAAGGCUGCUAUCACAGAAGGACCAGUACUAGCACUACCCGACUACUCAAAGGUGUUUGAAGUCCACACUGAUGCUUCUGACUACGCUAUUGGAGGAGCUCUGAUGCAAGAAGGACAUCCUAUUGCCUUUGAGAGUCGCAAGUUGAAUGAUACAGAGAGGCGAUACACUGUCCAAGAGAAGGAGAUGACCGCGGUGGUGCAUUGUCUGAGAACUUGGCAUCACUACUUGCUUGGUUCACACUUCAUCGUCAAGACAGACAAUGUGGCUACAAGCUACUUCCAAACUCAAAAGAAGUUAAGCCCCAAACAAGCUAGGUGGCAAGACUUCUUGGUUGAGUUUGAUUUUGAAUUCGAAUACAAGUCAGGCAAGACUAAUGUGGUAGCAGAUGCGCUGAGUCGCAAGGCUGAGUUAGCGGCCAUUUCUAUGGUUGAAGGAGAUAUUAUGCAUAUCAUCAAGGAAGGGUUGCAUCACGAUCCAUUAGCCAAGAAGUUGGUGGAAUUGGCUAGAGAAGAGGAACCAGCACGACUAUUCUUCAAGAAUGUGGUGAAGUACCGGGGAUUGCCUAAGAGCAUCAUUAGUGAUCGAGAUCCACGCUUCACAGGACGACUAUGGACAGAGUUGUUCAAACUCCUUGGGUCGGAGCUUCAUUUCUCAACAAGCUUCCAUCCUCAAACCGAUGGGCAUACUGAGAGAGUGAAUGCCUUACUUGAGUGUUACUUGAGGCAUUUUGUAAGCGCUAAUCAGAAGGAUUGGACAAAACUCCUAGACAUUGCUCAAUUCUCAUACAAUCUGCAAAGGAGUGAGUCUACAGGGAAGAGCCCAUUCGAGAUUGUGACUAGACAACAGCCGCUUACACCUCACUCUCUUUCUUCCUCUUACUCAGGGAAGAGCCCUGGAGCUUAUCAUAUAAUUAAUUCAUGGGAAGAACAAGCAAAUGUCACUCGUUCUUACCUCGACAAAGCUGCCAAGAGGAUGAAGAAAUGGGUUCAUAAGGGCUUAAUCCGCAAAUACGAAGGGCCAUUUGAGAUCAUUGGACGUGUUGGGGAGGUUGCUUACAAAGUACAACUCCCUCCCUCUAUGAAGAUCCACCCGGUCUUCCAUGUGAGUAUGCUUAAACCAUAUCAUGGAGACCAAGACGAACCGAGUAGAGGUGACUCAAGUCGCGCUCCGCCCGUGGUAAUUAGAUCCUUUGAUAAAGAAAUCGAAGAGAUCUUAGCUAAUCGCAUCGUGCGACGAAGAGGGGUGCCACCGAGUAUCCAAUAUUUGAUCAAGUGGAAAGGGCUCUCGAUAACCGAAGCUAGCUGGGAAACUCACGAAGAUCUAUGGCAAUUUCAAGAACAUCUAGAGCGCUAUCAUGAACAGAACGCGACGAGGACGUCUGCGCAUUAG